GUCACACGGCGGAAUAUUCUUGAUUUGAUGUUUGUUUUGCGUAUUUAUUAGUCGCUGGGCUUUAAUCAGUAUUCUCUGAAAUAUGGUUUGUAGGCGGUAGUUAUUAUUUUAAUUAUCAUUCAUUUCAUUUAGUAUUUUAUAUGUAUUAAUUUUGUUUCAUUUAUGUAUUUUUGUUUAUUCAUUUAUUAUUGACUGAAUGACUGACUGACUGAAUGAAUGUGAAAUGGUCUAUCACGUUCUUCAGAACGGUGCUUUUAUUUUGAAGUCAGUUCUUACACACUCUUACUGUAAUAAAGAUAAACACCUACCACAAAACAAUAAGUGGGCUGGCUUGACUGUGUUUUUCGAAGUGGAGGCUUGACUGAAGUUCAACUUCACGGAGAGAAGCCACAGAAAGGAAGAAACACUGGGAACACAGGUAACACUGGGAUUACUGGAGUACUGGAAUACUUCAACCUGCUGCUGAUUCAACAUAGUCUAGUAUAAUAUAUAAACAGGAGAUUUAGAGGAGCUAGGCUACGACUCAAAGUGAAAAGUAUAACUUUCAACCUUCGGACUGAUCGACUGCUCUCUCUGUGUGCUGUGAUUUUAUUUUCACUCAGAGACAAAAUGGCUUCCAGAUCAGAGGAGGAUCUCUGUUGUCCUGUCUGCUAUGAAAUCUUUAAAUAUCCUGUCCUCCUGUCAUGCAGCCACAGCUUCUGUAAAGACUGUCUGAAGAGCUGGUGGAGAGAGAAACAAACACAAGACUGUCCAGUUUGUAAGAGAAGAUCUUCAAAGUUGAACCCUCCUUGUAACCUGGCUUUAAAGAACCUGUGUGAGGCCUUCUUACUGGAGAGAGAUCAGAGAGGUUCAGAGGCUCUCUGCAGUCUGCACUCUGAGAAACUCAGACUCUUCUGUCUGGACCAUCAGCAGCCGGUGUGUCUCGUCUGCAGAGAUUCAAGGAUACAUACUGACCACAGAUUCAAACCCAUCGAUGAAGCUGCUCAGGAUCACAAACAGGAGCUCCAGAAAUCCCUGAAGCCCAUUCAGGAGAAACUGGAGCUCUUUAAACAAGUGAAAGGAAACUGUGAUCAAACAGCAGAACACAUGAAGGUCCAGGCCCGAUGCACAGAGAGGAAGAUUAAGGAGCAGUUUAAGAAGCUUCACCAGUUUCUAGAAGAGGAAGAGGAGGCCAGGAUCUCUGCUCUGAGGGAGGAAGAGGAGCAGAAGAGCCAGAUGAUGAAGGAGAAGAUGGAGGCUCUGAGCAGAGAGAUAGCAGCUCUUUCAGACACACUCAGAGCCACAGAGGAGGAGCUGAGAGCUGAAGACGUCUCAUUCCUGCACAACUACAAGGCUGCAGUGGAAAGAGUCCAGCAGCGCCCCCUGCUGGAGGAUCCACAGCUGCUAUCAGGAGCUCUGAUAGACGAGGCCAAACACCUGGGCAACCUGACCUUCAACAUCUGGAACAAGAUGAAGGAGAUGGUCUCCUACACUCCUAUUAUCCUGGAUCCAAACACUGCUCAUCCAAAACUCAUCCUGUCUGAAGAUCUGACCAGUGUGAGACGAGGAGAGAAACAGCAGCUUCCUGAUAAUCCAGAGAGGUUUGAUCAUCAUUGCGUUGUCCUUGGUUCAGAGGGAUUUAACUCUGGGACUCACAGCUGGGACUUUGAGGUUAGAAAUGAUAAUUUCUGGUUCCUAGGUGUGAUAAAGGAGUCUGUCCGGAGAAAGGGACGAAUACCCGCUGGAUUCUGGGGAAUAUGUCUCCGUCAUGGAAAGUACAUAGCAUCCUCCUCAUCACUCUCAAAAAACGUUCUCUCAGUGAAGAAGCUCCAGAGGAUCAGAAUUCAUCUGGACUUUGACAAAGGAAAACUGUCUUUCUAUGAUCUUGAUACUAACACACACAUACACACCUUCACACACACAUUCACUGAGAGACUGUUUCCAUACGUUGACACUCAGAAUAAACUCCCACUGAAGAUAUUACCAAUGAAGGUCUCUAUCAACAGGCUUAUGGCCUAGUUACUAAAUGUAUUAGCUAAGCAUGCUAUAUAGCAUUAUAUUCAGGUUGAGUAAGUUUACUUUAUGUACAUAAAUACAUAGUGAACAAAUUGUGAUAAUUAUCUCCUAAAUUUGGAGAAUUUCUGAAAAAUAAUUGUGACCGAGGUAUAUAGUUAGUGGGACAUUCUACAGUUGGAAAAAAAACAGUUGUAAUGGAGACACUGUUUUUUCAUAACUUAAGACAGAUAUUGAUAUGUUUGUGAUUUAGUAUGUCAGAUUUAUUGGAUGAGUUCUACUCUUAUUGUCUUUUUAGGGGAGGAAUAAGACUCAUUUUGAGCAAACAUUAUAUAUUUCUAGGCUUAUUUGUAGGCCAGUUGAUGAUUUUUAUUAUUUUGAUGUAUUGUGUAAGGGAGAGGCAUUACUUGAUCUAAAUUGUGAAGACUUCAGAUUCAGACUUGAUUUUGAGCUCACUAUAAGUUACAAUGUUAAUUUAAACUGUACAUUACUGAUUAUGUUCCCAUCAUUUUGAGCUCUUUUUUUAAUUAUGAUUCUACAACUAACAAAGAAUAAAAUGGAAAUCGUUUCAGAUUAAAAAUGUGUCCAGAGGGUUUGAGCAUGAGUUAAAACCAUAUGAAUUUAGGGAGUAUUGGAGACACUGUCAAGAAAGAAAAGAAAUUGAAGAAUAUAGUCAAUAUUUGAAAACAAAACAAACAAAAAAGUCAUGAGUCAUUUAUAAAAAAUAAAGUUAGAAUAUUUUGA